GGGUCUUCAUUUUCUUUCCAUCUGUUCUGCAAGUUUGACAAGACGAAGAUAUUAUGGCUGCCCUCGUUGUUGAUCAAAACAUAGUCAAUGCUACUGGUGAUUCUACAGAUAAUAGUAGUACAGUGAUAACCCCUGUGGACGUGGAUGAUCCUGUAAUUUUGAGAUGUAAUCAGACAUUGAAACUCGAAACUGCUAUUGAGAUUUUAGGCAAUACAGAUCAACAUAAAGUUAUCAAUAAAGUUCCUGAAAAUCCUAAAGGAGGAGACACUUUCCUACUAAUACCACACCCAGGUGACGAAGAGGCAUGGAAAAACGAUGGUUAUCGCUGGUGCCAUUAUGGUCCGAAAUUAGUCCCGGGUAAAUGCCCUACAGUGCAGAAGCGAUAUUAUGCUGCAUACAUGAGCAAUGGUAAAGUGUCAAAGUUUCACAAGAACGUGUAUCAGUUAAUAAACGAUGACCGCGAACGUGUCCCUGUCGUUGUUCAUUACUUUGGAGAUCACACAAUAGCUGCUACACGAGACGCAAAGCAAAAAGAUUACAAGGGAUUCGACAAUUCAGUCGGGGGAGUUUCAUCUGAACAUCGGUAUUCCAAAUACGAUGGCGAAAGAAAAUUUACCGUUCAUAGAGCGUCAAAACCGAAACAAAUUAAGAAAUGUAUCCUCAGUAAAGACGACUUUCAAGAAUUACAUCGCACUGCUUAUGGCUUAGACUGUUAUGUGAAGCUUAUUUCACACUAUCCUGACCUCGUUAUUGUGUUCGCAAUGAAAGAAAUUUCAGAUGACCUGGAAAAUUUAUUAAAAUUAAAUCAGGAGCUGCGUCCCUUGUUUUCAUAUAGUAACUCUUAUGAACUUGGCGAGUAUAUUGUUUCUACGUUUCUUUACACUCAUCCUGCAUUUCUUGAAAGACCGACGAUACCGUCGCAUUUUGUAAUACAUGAAAAGGCCUGCGGAUUGGCACAUCAAGAGUUGUGCAAGAUUCUCGCGCAAAUGGUACCAAACCUGGCCGGUAGUUCCAAUCCGAUCGUUCUCAAUUUGGAUCCAAAUAAAUUCUCAGCUGUUAGCACUGUUUUCCCUAACAUGCACACUUUGUUUUCGUGGAAGGAUGUCAUAGCCAACACGAAGGCGUGGUUGUACGCUAAUGGUGCCAAUCAACAAGAAGUGACUGUAUAUAUCGAAGAUUUGCGACAGUUGUUUUCCCGACGAUCGAAAGAAUUAUACGAAGAAGCGCUUGCCGAGUGCAAGACUAGAUGGCACGGAUUUUUCGAGGAGUAUUAUAUGAAAGAAAUCCAUGAGGUCGUCAAUGAUAGACUUGGGAGGUGGGCGUUGGAAAAGUGGAAUGUGUACAAUCCCUAUACUGGUGUGACGGAUAAAAGUAAUGAAGGAAUGGAAAUUGUCAUUCGUCAGUUAAAGAUAUCUGGCAAUGCUCCAGUUCAUUCGACCGUUUUAGCUUUAUGUUUAUUACAAAGGUGGUUGUAUGGAGAGAUUUACAAAAGUUACUGCGGUGUUGGCCAGUACACCAUUCGAGCAGAGUUCCAACCGUUGCAACGGACAGUAGAAGAAAUAAACACAAAUGCUACGCCUUGUCCACCUGACCAAAUUCUGUUUUACAUUCAAAACAAGCGGACUUUGGUUGCCGAAGGCAUUCUAAAAGAAGAUUGUGCAAACUCUGAAAUUAAGUUAAACCUUCAGUCAUCGGCUUCGCAACUUGUCAAAGCAGGAGCUAUAGCCAUGAACAGCAAACAACAAUCUUUUACUGUCAAAGUGAACCCUGUAACAUAUUAUGAAGUGAAACUGUUUCCAAAAGUUUCUUGUACGUGUGAAGAUGUACGUAAUGGAUUGUGUUCUCACGUUCUUGCUGUAAAAAUUAGUCUUGGUAUCAACAUAGAAGAAGACCUUCGCAAGUAUCAACCACACCGAGCUAUUAAAACGGAAUUAAAAACAACCAUUAGAAAAUUAAAGAGGGAGGGAAGUGUCGAAAACAUCCAAAGUAUGCAAAGUCAAGUAAAAAGGUGCAUAACAACAGAUGAAGAGCUGUCAAUGCAAAGUGGUGAGAUGAUACAGACCACAACAGAUAAUGAUGAAGCCACGCAAGAAAGCGAAACAGGGGAGGUUGACCAAGCAAAUGCAGCAACAGCGUUGUUACAAACUACUAUUGACGAGAACCAGUUGCAGCUAAUGCAAAUAGCUGCUUCGUCGUUUCGUCAAGAAGUUGGACUGAACAUGUGAUGUGUUUUUUUCAAAGGUUUUAAGUAGGACUUCGUUGAUUUAGAUUUAUUUCACUCUGAAUUCCAUAACUUGUCAAUUUUAUUGAGAUAAAUUUUAGAAGUAAUAUUUUUUGACUUUCUUUAACUGGCAAUAAAAACAUUGAUAUUCAUGA